GUUCUGCUUACGUUUCUCUGCUUUUGCUGUGAAUGCCACCCUUAAAAGCCCGGUCUUAGCCCAGGUGAAUCCCAUCUACAUAUGCCCACACCCUACUCCAGGUGCCUGCAUCAGGCUUGCAUUCAGACCACAGGGUUCCCUCAUCUAUCCUAAAGGCGGGAGGGCAGAAAAGCCUGAUAGUUUUAUCUUACCCUACAGUGUGGUUUUCCGGAGGGCUGGGCGGGCUGGGUGCUGGGCAGGCCGGCACUGCUGAGCCCCUGAGCCCGCUGUCUGGCCGAGGGCCAAUUUAUCGAGCUCAUGCAGGAGAAAGUGGGCUUACAGGACUGGAUGGAGGAGCUGGAGCAUCGAUGUAUCCAGAUGUCUGGAGAGACUGUCACCAUCGGAGAAUACAUCGCUCUCUACCAGUACCAGAGAGCAGUGAUGAGGGAGGAGCACCAAGAGAAGGAGGAGUCCAUAAGGCAGCUGGCCCAGGACAAAGAGGAGAUGAAGGUGAAGCUGUUAGAGCUGCAAGAGUUGGUUUUGCGGCUGGUGGAGGCACGCAACGAAUGGCGGGCGAAGCCCUGAGCACCUGCCCAGAACCCUGCUGCUGAGCCCACUAGCGCAUGCCUAGUCCCCAAGAAGCUUGGCACCGCCAACGUCCAAGGGCGGCGUCACGGGGCCGCCAGCAGCAGCAGUAGAAGCCGAAGCUGAAGCCGGAAGAGAAGCCGAGAUCACCAGAGAGCCCAGAUAAAGUGAAGAUUUGCUUCACCCCUGCCUGCCAUAUGCCUGGUGAACCCCAAUAAAAAAACUGCAAAACCACUGAGGACUCUGACUCCUCCUUUACCCGGUCUGCAUGG